AUAGAAUAGAUCAGUGAACUCCAAAAAGAAAAUAAAAAAUGGAGAGGAGGCUCCGAGAGAUGGGAAUUCCGGAGGGGGCGGCGGUGGCGGAUGAUACUGGUACCAACAGUAAGUCUCUAUAUAUAUGUACCUACAAGUGCAAUAGCAGGAGUUUUCAUGCUCGUUAUGAUAUCUCCGCCAUCGGAUUGAGCGAUUUAUCAUCCAUACUCAAAUCCAAAUCCCAAUUAAAGAUUGACAAAUUAGAGUUGCUGCGAAAACUGGCUUCUGUGGAGGGCAAGGAUGUUCCCUACGAUAUGGGUUGCUGUUUGUUCGGCUCCCAAAUUCUUCUUGCCGGCGGCCGGAAACCGGAAGACCCGGAGCAGGACGAUACGUCUCUAUACGAACUAGAUGCGGGCACACAAAUUUAUCUGUUUGAGGCAGAUGACAAUGAGAAAACAAAGGCCAAAGUUUACAAUCAAGGCAACCGUUUUGGAUCUUUUCCUCCUCCUCACAGUCACAGUCAUAGUCACGGUGGGGGAAUCAUCAAGGGGGACUGCUGCUACGGUGAACUUCAUCAAGGGAAACCUCAACCAUUGGUGGUUGAGGUUGCUGGGAAGCUGUUUGUUCUCUCUGGUGGUCCGGUAGAUUUCCCUAGUCCAGCUUUUGAGGAGUUUAACUCGAAUAAGGGGACUUGGACCACUCUGCCGGACCCUCCGCCGUAUACUGGUGACUGUCGUAACUUCUCUUAUGCAAUCGUGGGCACCAAGAUCAUGGUCUCCACCCCAAUAUCUUCGGUGUUCUGCUUUGACGCCGAUGCCCCGAAUCCUGGCCAAUGGUCGGUGUGCUGUGCUGAGCCUUUUCCCUUCGAAGGUAGGGCUUUAGUGUUGGACUUGGAGGAGGAUGAUAAUCGUAAUAAGAUAGUGUUUGGCUAUGAACACAUCCCUGGACAUGGCUAUGAUGUAGUAGCCUACACCAUGUUCAACGAUGAUGAAAAUGGUUAUUGUUAUUGUCAUCGCAUCACCCCUCUACAUCUGCUGACAGAGUUCAGUGAAUUAGUUUUUGGAACAGAUAACACGUUUAGUUUUGUCCAUCUAGGAGGUGGAAAAGUCUGCUUUGUUAUUGCCUAUUCCAUGGCAAGCUUUGAAGGUGAUGAUGAUUAUCCUAUUCUUGGGGAGGAGGAAGUGGAUCUUAUUGUCGUGACAUUCGAAUUUUCCAUUUCCAAGAAGGAUGGUAAUUCUACAAGAUUCUUCUCAACCAAAACUUUGGGUUCGUGUAUCUUUCCUUUCGAUUUUGCUUCAGAAUCUGGUAGCGUCUUCGAGGCCAAACUACUCGGUUGCUUUGUGCGCUAAUAUGCAAUGCAACUUCUUUCCUUUCCUUCAGUAAUCUCUCUGGCUGACUCAUUUCUAUUUAUUUAUAUUAAU